AUGGAACAACCUUCUGAAAAGAACCACGAAAUCCAUGAGUUCGAUCUAAACUCUCCCCCUGCUGCCGACUAUCCAAGUUCGCAAAUAUCUGGUGAUAAAGAAAGAAGUGAUCUCGACGAAAACUCCUCUUUCCUUACCAUUCCUGACAAUCCAAGUCCACAAAAAUCUGGUGAAAAAGAACGCAGUAAUAUCGAUGAAAACUCCUCCGAGAAACCUCAAGACCAUAAUGAGAGUUGUGAGGAGCACAGAGAUUCUCAAGCACAAAUCGUAGACAGCAAUAGCAGCAAUUACACCACUCGGGCCUCUCUACAAUAUUAUGAUCGAUUUGGCCAGCAGUAUGAUUCUUUCGAACGAGAUACCAUCAAGGUCAAAUAUAACAAUUUGGAAUUUCGUGUUAAUAUAGUUGAAACCAAGCCAUCUAAUGCUAUUUGCAUUAUUGAUACGGAUUGUGAGGUCGAUUUUGCCCUUCCUCUAGAUUACAAAGAGCCUGAACAACCAGUACUGCAAUCAACAAAAGAGGAGACAAGCAAGGAAGGCCAAAAGCUCGUGCCUUUCACAGGUUUUGCUAGGCGUUUGGAGGAGAAACACGCUGCAGAAGGAAAGGUGGUGUUUGGUUCUGUUGCACAUGGAAAGAAAUCGAAAGAGCUCAAAACUGAGGAUGUCAAAGCUGAAACUCCAAAGAAAGAACAGUUCCAGCCAUUCACAGGGGAGAAAUACUCUUUGGAGGACUGA